AUGAAACAGAAAGUGUACAAAAUCUGUGAGAUUUGUAGCGAUAAAGGGAUCGGGCGACAUUUCGGUGCCAUUACUUGCGAAUCGUGUAAAAUAUUCUUCAGGAGGAAUGGCAACAAAAAUCAGCUAUUGGAGUGCACUUCGUAUGGAAAUUGCAAAAUAAAUCUUUACACUAGAAAGUUGUGUACAAAAUGCAGGCUUAAUAAAUGUUUUGCUGUGGGAAUGAGAAGGGAAUUCAUACAAAGCCACGAGGAAAGGGAGGAAAGGAGACAAUUAGUGGAUGAGAAUAGACGUAAACGAAAGCAAUUGAAUAUAAGCCAGAAUUUAUACCCAGAAUCAAAUGAGUCAUCAAAUCCAUCAUCAAUGGUGUCGACCAUAUCUAGUGAUUGUGGUGACAGUGACUCCUUCUUCAAUGAUAUAAUAGGAUGUGUUUUGGAUGUAAACGAAAGGGAACUGAGGGAACAGAUCAUGGAAAUCGAGAAUUAUGUGAAUAAUGAAGAUUUGGAUCAAAAUAUUGAGACAUUGAGUGCCAGACAACUGUUAGAAGAUAUAAACCAAAAGUCACGACAAAUGGCUGUCAUUCCUAUGUUUAAAGAGCUCACAGAUUAUAACGGUUUGAAUGAAUUGGAAACUAAUAAAAUGACCGAGUUGUUGGGUGCAUCUAAAAUUUUU